GGUAACAGAAUUCUUAGGCUGUAUGUGGCUACCGAAGAGCCGUCGGUUAGUUUAAUUACAUUAGCGACAUUCAUAGUAAAAGUUUAUGCACCGAUGUGGUUUAAAAUUAAGCUUCAUUCUUCGUGCAUUUAUAGAUCCAAGCAUAUUUUUGAAAUCAUUAGAUUAUGCACGUACUUAACAGAAGAUCUUAAAAAUAUAGUACAUUCUGUAAUUCAAAGAAAUGGUGACUUUGGACACCCUGAGAACAUAUUGCUAGCAAUGCUUUGGGAUAAAAGAAGUUAUAUUAGAAAACUAACCUACCAUAGAAUACUUAAAGUUCGCAGUAAUAAAAAUGAUUUGAUCAAUAAUAACAGCAUCCGCAGUUUCAUUAUUCCCAAGUUUAACUUUGGUUGCAAAGAGUAUAUUGAGUUGAUAGAUUGGCAGAACAUUAUAUACUACGAAUCCCCUAUUACUAGAGAUCUAUCUGAAGAUCAGUUAAAGCAAGUUGUAGAAAACCCUGAUUCUUCUCCAGUUUCCUACAUCAGAGGUUUGCCGUGUCAUACACAAGCAGUCAAGAGGGCAGUAAAACUCUUCACGCAAUUUUAUAGUAAAG